CACAAGAUGCGGCGCUCGCUCUUCUUCUGCAGGCGGUCAUUCUGGGAAGCCCCCAUAAUCACAAGCAGAUGCGGACGCCUGCUUCACACAUCGACCACGGAGGGCCCGUCAACAUUGAAGUCCACGAACAAACCGAUCUCACCAUCUCGUCAUACAUCCCCUCCCAAACGUAACCAGGGCACUUCCACAACCUCUGGAUUCUAUGAUUCAAAUUCAGCUUUCCAAUGGCAGCCAGGCAGUGAGCCAGGAAUCGACACUUCUACUGAUGGCGUCGUGUCGCAUGGCAAAACCUUUCCUCCCACANNGUCGCAAAUAACAGCAGUAGACUUCUGCGAGGAGCAAAUCGAGCAGACUGAGCUCGACAACAACUCUCUGGCCGACUUUCUCAACAAACCAAGACCAGAAUGGGCUACUUGUCGUUGGAUCAACGUUAAUGGACUAAGUUGGGAUGUAAUCAAGCUGCUCGGCAAUCACAAGAAACUUCACCCUCUGGCCAUUGAAGACCUGAUGCACACUGGAAACCGGACGAAAGCAGACUGGUACCCAGAGCAUGCUUUCAUUAUCAUGACUCUCCAACGACUAACCAAACUCUCCUCGCAAAAUGGUCGCAGCGAUGCCGAUAUUCAAAAAGCUUUGUCAAGCUCGGAAUCUCGCCAUUCUACGCGCGGCCGUAGUGGUAUCACCUGGGAGACCGAAAAAACCUUCCAACCACCGGACAACCAGACCCAUCUGCGCAGCCUGCAAUCUUAUAGAGGAGAUCGGUCGCCCGAAAGAGUGGCGUAUAUGGAAAAGAACUCCGUUCUGACACGCAAAAGCCUGGGUGUGUCUAUCGAGCAAGUUAGUGUGUUCCUCUGUAGCGACAACACGGUCGUAUCAUUCUUUGAACACUCUGGCGAUGUGAUUGAAGAGCCCAUUCUUAAACGCUUGAACUCACCCGAGACAAUUCUGCGCCGAAGUGGCGAUGCUUCUCUUCUAGUACACUCCAUUAUUGAUGCUAUCACUGAUUUGGCCAUUCCAAUUGUCGCGACAUACGAGAAGGCUAUUGCCGAGCUCGAGAUGGACGUUCUAACCCAACCUGCGAUUGGACAUUCAAAAGCACUUUAUAUUCUGACAUCCGAGCUGUCGAUGCUAAGACAGCAGAUGCAACCGAUAGCCUCACUGAUCAACAGUCUGCGCGACCACCACAGCACAGCACAACUCCUCAACCGUGGUACUUCUUCAGCCAACCCUAUCUCUGAUCUCGCUCGACGUAGUUCUGGUCCUGCGAUGAUAAAGACACAGACCCAGUCCUCGGUCAACAUCUCUCCUGCCGCUCACACAUAUCUAGGCGACGUAGAAGAUCACUGUAUCAUGAUCAUAGCAUCUCUUGACCAGAUGCGGACACAAAGCGACAACAUGAUCAGUCUAAUCUUCAACACCAUGGGAGCAUAUCAGAAUGAGAGUAUGCAGCAACUGACCUUUGUCACCAUUUUGUUCUUGCCCUUGACUUUCUUGUCUGGAUACUUUGGAAUGAACUUUGAGGAGUUCCCACCCUUGAAGAACACACACAUGUUCUUCUGGUGGUUGGCUUUACCCAUUACCUUUGGCAUGGUGGUGAUCCUCUUACUGUUCCGUUCAGUCAGGAGGUGGAUGAAUCCGGGCUCUGGUUCUCACAGGCAUGCUAUGCGUGAACAACGCAAACGACUGUAG